AUGCUUCUAUUAUGGACAACCUUUGCAACCGAUACUGGCUCUCACGAGCGACAAACAUCCAGUGACGCAGACUUCUUCCUUACAAGCAUCAUCAGAUCCCAUCAGCGAGGAACGAUGGGACAGGAUGAGCGUUCAACCUCACUCGGCUCAGCAGUCCAAUACAUCGUCAGCAACUCGCAGCGUGAGCAGUAUCAGCGCGAUCUCAAUGCCAUUGGUACUCAACGAAGUGGUCAUUUGGCACCUUUCAGCCAGUCCCCGACAGCUGGCGGCCAAGGAUACUCGAUGAUAGUAAAUGCAAUUAAGCACCUCUCGACCUCUGAUGUCAACACAUUGGCAAAGCUCUACGAGAGACAUCAUGCAUGUCAACCACUAGUGCUCUUUCCAUCGUCCGACUUUGCUCAAACUAUUCACCGCCGGGGUGGCUGCACACUUUCUGCCAUACUAUUGUCAUCGCUCCGUUUCGCUGGCACCAAAGCCUUUUUCUCCCAUGAAAUCGAUUCAAGUCUGUUGAAGGCCGCAAUCGAGAACUGUAUCCUCGAGGAUGUGAUUUGCGGUACUUCCGAGCUAACUACUCUGCAGGCUCUGGUUAUCGUCGCGCGCUAUUACCUUGACGAUGGCAACAGUGAGAAGGCCGUAUCGUUGCUUUCGCUCACGAGUAUGCUUCUCUCCAGCGAGAGUCUACAACUCGAUGCGGGUCAGGCCGUCAAAGCCUCCGCAGAAGAGAAAAGAUGCUGUUACUGGAGCGUCGUCCUUCUUCGACGUCUGUUGGGCUUCACAUCACAGCUGGAACAGAUGCCAGACCGCAAGUUGAUAGUGUACCCACAAAGUUGCUCUACACCGUCUCUCCACAACAUUCGACCAGAGUACCGAUCAUCCUAUGAGCAUUCGACAGGCGAUAACGGUAUCAUGGUCUUUGUGCUCGAAAUGAGCGACGAGUGGGUCAAAGUGAUGGCCUACAUCCGACAUUUUCUGAAUAGUGGACGGGAUACGUGGCCCUGGCUAACGACUUCGAGGUAUAACGAGACUCUCUCUGGGGUCAUGAGUAUUGAGACACGCCUGCAGCCGCAUUUGCACCGCAUCAAACACUUCGAACUGCGCGAACUGACUCUUGACGACCUUGAGUCGUGCCGCGAAUAUUGGGCGCCCUGGCUGCUUAGCCGCUUCAUGUAUCAUACCAUGAUCUGCCUGCUCAACCACCCGCUCCUCAUCAUUUUGCAGCUUCAGGGCAGCCAGCACGAUUCGGAGCUCUUCCGUCAGCAGACAUCAUUCUAUGCCACUCAUCAUGUGAGAUGGAUUCUCUAUUUUAUCGGCUUCAUCGAAGCGCGAGCCUUCCAGAUAUACGAUUCAACAAUAGGCUACUGCGCUGCUGUGGUAGCCACGAUCGAAAUGCAGCUUAUUUAUUCAGUCGAUACGGCUACAGCGCACAAAAAGGAACGCAACAUUGAAACUUGCCGCAAAUUUGUUCAGAGGAUGAUACCCGCCUGUCCUUCAAUGAAACUGAUGGAUCGAAAGCUGCAUGAGCUUAAGGAGAUGAUGGCCUCUGCGUUUACAGCUAGUGCAAACCAGACCAAAAGCAUCAGCAUCGACCUGUCAAAGGUGAGAGAUAUCUUGGACAUAUGCAUACAUUCCGGCAUCGGCACACGGUCGGUGAAGGACGGCGUUGCCUCGAUUAUUGACGCCAACGAAGACACACAACAUGCUCAGUGGACGAGACUGUCGCGGAGACCAUCAGUGGAUCAACCUGAUGAUGUCGCCUCGCCGACCUCGAUUUACCCUUCUGACAGUGCUGGAGGAAGGGAAACUGUCGCACCGUUCAACCAAAAUGCCUCACACCCAACAGCUUUGCAACCCGCGCUGCCAGGCGUCGAUCAUUCCCAGCCAGCUCCUGUCGAUUUCACAGCAGACGCCCUCUUCAACAGCUACGAGGUCGACUGGUGGAAUGGCUAUGAAAGUUAUGACCCGGAUUGGCCCAAUAUCUGA